AUGCAUGCAGAACAAUAUCGGAAAGACUGGAGCCACUCCGAAAAAAUAAUUCACAAAUAUCUUGGUGUGACUUGGAUCGGGACCAAUCAUCGAGAUUAUGAGAAAGGAGAGGGGGAUCCCUAUCAUUAUUUCACAUAUGGUGCUGGCUGUUCUGUCGUGGAGAUUGACUGUCUGACAGGGGAACACCAGGUACUGAGUGCGGAUAUUGUGAUGGACGUUGGCAAGAGCCUGAACCCUGGAAUAGACGUAGGACAGAUAGAGGGCGCCUUCGUCCAGGGGUACGGUUGGUUGACCACCGAGGAGAUCAUCGUGGAACCCCAUGGCCAAUACAAUGUUUCCGGGCCAGUAGAUUACAAGAUCCCAAAUGUUAAAGGUAUUCCAAGAGACUUCAAAGUGUCAAUUUUAAAGGACUGUCCAAACGAACGCGCUGUGUAUUCAUCGAAGGGAAUAGGCGAGCCGCCACUGGUUCUAUCAGUUUCAGUGUAUUUGGCCCUUAGAAACGCCAUCAAUUCUGCUAGAUUCGACGCUGGUUUACCUCCAGUAAGAAGACUAAACAUUCCACUUACAGUUGAAACAAUAAGGAUGGCAUGCCCGUGAACUGAUGUGGUCGCCGCGAUCUAAGUUCUGUAAAUUAACCUGGAAUUCAUUGUGAUCUGUAUCUGACUUGUGACGAAUGCUCGCGAAAGCGAAACCAUGUUGUUAUGUUUACGGUGGUGGCGUCGUCAAUAUCUCGCUUUAAAGUUUAACGUUUAGGUAUGUUACUAAAAUUUGUAGGCUGAACUUUUAGUCCAGAUUCGAUUAUACAGAGAUUACUUUGUGGACAUCUCAGUGCGUCCUUCAUUUACAAAAUAUUAUAAGGAAUUUACGGUCGGGUGGAUCUGGAAACUUGGUAUACGGAACUCUGACCUAGUUUCGUGUUUAACUGACUUUCCCAAAAAAAUAUCAAGGCUGUUUUAACCAAACCAAAAUAGUGUGUGUUAUGAACAUUGUAUGACACCUUUUAGAUCAUGAUUUUAUUGAUUUAUCUAUUUAUGCAUUUGUUCCUUAGAAGUUGAGUGGGUACGUCACUGAGUUACACGUGAUUGUGUCGCGGGUUAGAAUCCUGAAGGCCUUUGAUUGACCCCGAUUCCGGGCGACCGUCCUUUCGUUCGUUCGUCCGUCCGUCCGUCCGUCUGUGUGUCUGUCUGUCAGUCAACUCAAUUUUCCCCUCUUUUCUCAGCCAUGCUUUAAGGUAUGUUUGUAAAAGUUGGUACGUUGCUUUAGUAUGAGUAGCUACAGAUCAAAUUCGAGUUUCUGAUGUUUUUGGUCAAGAUCAUUAUUACAGGGCCGGUAAGGGACAUGUAUUGCUUUAACAAUAACCAUUUUUCGUGUUCAACGACGAAACAUUGAUUUUAGGAAUUGUUGAGCAAAUAUGAGUCUUUGACAAGAGAGUAGCUUUUGGGCCCCGCGAUACCCGUGUACAUUUAUGUGAACAAUCAAGAAUGAAGAGAGUUACCUCCCUUUCCGAAACAGUCAUCCUGACUUAAUAUUAGUUAUAUCACAGUCAUUAGAAUAUAAGUCUGUGGUUAUC